AGUUGCCUUUGUGCAACUGCAAAUAACGGAUGUUUCGGAAUUCUACGCGUCGCUAUCCGUCCGUUUAGUUCACAACAGCAGUGCGAAUCGGUCGUUAAUAUAUAUUUUAGUGUUACGGAACGGGAAUAAUACGAAUAUCUAGAAGUGCGUAAAAAAAACAAAAGCAAAAUCAGUGCUAUAACGAUGACGGAGCGAAGGAGGAUUGCUUAAAAAGUAAACUUUAGCAACCUGCCCGCCAAAAAGAAGAAGAAGCACCAGCAAAAGAGGUUUGUGACGUAGAGGAAGAUACGAUUUGACGUUAAGAUACGAUUUGCACCUUUUGUGCACGUUCUCUUAAGCUCAAGUUCACUGCCAAGCGAGAGCAAGCUUAAAGCUUUUCCAACGGCACCCAAAAGUGUUCGAAGAGAAUCAAAAAUGAGAAACGAAUCAUCCGCCAGCGAAACAACACCGCUGCGGCGGCCCGAAAGUGAAUCGCCUGAUAACGUGGCCCAAAACCACAGACAGCUAACGGAGACCGUUGUUAACAACAACCAUAGUAAUAGUAAUAAUAAUAAAACCGACUACGGAGAUUCGGUGGCAGUGCGUUUGCAGGAGAACGAGGCGAACAACAUACAACAGCAGAGCCAGGCUACCAACAUGGACACCAACAAGCGAAUCUUGUGCCGCGUGGGCUUGGAUAUUUUAAUCCUACUCUGCGUUGGAUUUCCAAUACUCCUGUUCUUCGUGCUGGGCCAACCAUACAAGCGUGGCUUCUUCUGCGACGACGAGUCGCUGAAGCAUCCGUUCCACGACUCCACGGUCCGGAAUUGGAUGCUAUACUUCAUUGGAGUGAUCAUACCAGUUGGCGUGAUAGUCGCCGUCGAGGUAAUAAUAUCCCAGGACAAGGCCAAGACAGAUAAUGGCAACACCUUGGGCCGGCGAUAUGUCUUCAUGAACCGGGAACUGCCCGACUGGCUGAUCGAGUGCUACAAGAAGUUAGGCAUUUAUGCCUUCGGAGCGGUGGUUAGUCAACUGACUACGGAUAUCGCCAAAUACUCCAUCGGACGUCUGCGUCCCCAUUUCAUAGCGGUGUGCCAGCCCGUGUUGUCCGACAACUCCACCUGCGACGAUCCCCGCAACGUGGGCAAGUACAUCGAGGAUUUCACGUGCAAGGGAGUCGGCUCGUCGGCACGCAUGCUCAAAGAGAUGCGCCUCUCCUUCCCCAGCGGCCACUCCAGCUUCACCUUCUUCGCCAUGGUCUAUCUGGCGCUGUACCUGCAGGCACGCAUGACCUGGCGGGGCUCCAAGCUGCUGCGUCACUUCCUACAGUUCGUCUUCAUCAUGGUGGCCUGGUACACGGCCCUGAGCCGCGUUUCAGACUACAAGCACCAUUGGUCGGACGUGCUGGCUGGAUCCCUGAUUGGUUCCCUAUGUGCCUUAGUUGUGGCCAACUACGUUUCGGAUUUAUUUCAAAAGUCCAACAAAAAGCCCUAUUUGCCACGUACAGCGCAGGACCUGAAUGCAACUCCUUUGGCGCCCCAUCAAGGACUUACGAUAACGUCGAACUAACACUUCGGAAAAGUGCAACAUUAUUAUCACAAAUUCCACAAGUUGUAGGCUCUCCCUUUUUUUGGAUGACAAAGCUAAGCUUUUCGUGAAGUCCUUUUUAAUUUAAAUUCCUGAAUUUGCAUUUUGUGUGCCCCAUGUAAGAGUGUUUGUGAGCUGAAAGUGCACUUCUUUUAGUGACUUUAGUCGUAAGCUAGAGAAAUUGAAAAGAUAUCUGUGUGUGAUGGUAUUUAUUUUACUAUUUAAUUAAGAAAAAUUUUAAAUUAAUGUGACUAUUUCCAACAAAACAAGUGACCUUCAAACAGAGCAGCACAACAAUAAAUACGCAACUCAACUGAGAGCAGAAAAACAAUAAGUAUUAUUGUAAAUUAAGAAAUAAGCAAUACAACUGAAAGAUAUUUUAAAUAAGAUUAAGGAAAUCAUUAAAUAAAUGACUAAGUUUUAAGUUUAAAUUAAAA